AUGGUAGCCGAGGUUUUAGAUGUAGUUUUAGAACCUCCCGAAGAAAGGCCGUUUGAAGUCCUAAGGGCAGCAAUAUUGGAACUCUCGGGGAGCUCUAACAAAGAGCGAAUCCGACGCGUACUGAAGGACAUGUCUUUGGGCGACCGGAAGCCCUCGCAACUUUACAGGCUCAUGUGUAAUGAGAUGGGCAAUAUCCCUCACGACGAUGCGUUCGUUAUGGAACUGUGGUUACAAAAGUUACCACAAGAAGUCUAG